AUGAAGUCUUUCCUGGCCUUUGGUGUCUUUGCUGCUUUGUGCAACUCAGCAUACUGUCUCAAAGAGGGAACCUACAAGAUCGCUACUCUUGAAAAGAAGGUGUUGACUGAAGUUCCUGGUCAGACAGACCUCGUCUUCACGACCAGUAACGGGCACCCAGGUCAAAUCUGGGACUUUACUCCAGACAACGACAAAAAGGGCUACUUUGUCGUUAUCAACAACCUUGGCGCAUACAUCAACUGUGAAUCAGAGGGCAGCCUAUGCACAGCUGGAGAGGAGCCUACAUCAUACCUCCCUGAGCUCGUGGACAAGGACACGUAUGAGCUGGUUUCCAAUGUGACUGGUUAUUUCCUGCGUCUUGCAGAUGGCAAUAAGCUCAAACUGGCUGGAUACGAGCCGGGUUCGGACCAGGAAUUCGUACUGACUUCGGCUUGA